AUGGAACAAGAAGAAGACACGUCACCAAAAUCCCCCUUCUGGCUCCCAAAAAACGACAACAACCACCGCUGUCUCCGCCGCACAUUCUCUCUCCUCCACACAACAGCCUCCCUCCUCAUACUCCUCCUCAUAACAGCACUUGUUUUUGCACUCAUUGUGGUCCCCACAUUACGCUCUUUCACUUCAAACAUCUUCAAACCACAAGCCGUUAAACACUCAUGGGACUUUUUAAACCUUAUACUUGUUCUCUUCGCUGUCGUUUGUGGCUUCCUUACUAAAAACGACAACAACGAAACGCAAACUCCGCGUUUUGACCAAAGAACGUUUUCGAACCCUGAAACGCCGUCGUUAUGGUAUGAGAACUCUAAUCGGUCGUUUAACCGGUUGAGAAGUUUUGGAUCUUAUCCGGAUUUAAGGCAACAUUCGUUGUUGGUUACCGGCGAUGAACGGUACCGGUUUUAUGAUGAUACUCGUAUUCAUUUCCGUUAUAAGUACCCGAGAUUUGAAGAUGAAGAGCUUCACCGGGAAACAGUUAGUUCCGGUGAAGUUUAUCGAUCUCCAAUGUGGCAACCGGAGAAUAAACCACCGUCGGAUUCUCGAAUUGAAGAUAUUGGAAGAAACGUUGAGCGGACACAUCAAGUGGAAACUAAUGAGAAACUUGAAAUAAAUGAUUUCGUAGGCGAGAGUUCAGAACCACCGGUGCCGGAAUCUCUACCGGCGGUGAGGAAGAAGAAGAAUAGGAUUGGAUCUAAAGAAAGCCUGGCAGUAACUUCUGAAGAUUUUUCCGCUUCGCCGGUGCUGCAACCGGAGCUAAUUCCGCAGCCGCCGUGUUCUACAGACCAGUCAUCGGAAUCUCUACGGACGGCGAGGAAGAAGAAAAGUAUGAUUGUAUCUAAAGAAAACGUGGUAUCGGUCGCUUCUGAAGAAUUUCUGGCAUCGCCGGUGCUGCUACCGGAGGUAGAUCCGCAACCGCCGUCUUUUACAACUCCGCCUCCGCUGACGAGAGCGAAAGCUGUUCGAAGAAAUGUCAAGCGAACAUAUCAACCGGAGCAAAAUGAUGUUGUCGCCGAGAAUUCUCAACUGCCGCCGUCUCCGCCGUUACCGGCGGACAGAAAGGUUCAUAUUCUGGUUAAGAAGAAAAGAGGGAAUGUAACUAAAGAGUUUCUAACCUCAUUGAGAGGAAAGAAGAAGAAACAAAGGCAAAAAAGUGUUGAAAAUUUUGAGACCAUUCUAAAUUCUCAAUCUCAACCACCACCGCCGCCUCCGCCUCCGCCACCGUCAGUUUUUCACAACCUAUUCUCUUCAAAUAAAAGCAAACACAAAAAACACUACCUUGUUCCUAUGGCACCCCCCAAGAGAGACCAUUCUCAGUAUAGAUUGAAAGAUAAUGUGAAUGUGAUGAAUAGUGGUAAUGAGUCACCAUUGAUUCCUAUCCCACCGCCGCCGCCUCCCCCGCCGUUUAAGUUACCGGCGUGGAAGUUUAGAGUUCAAGGUGAUUUUGUUAGGGUAGAUAGCAUUGGAAGUUCAAGGAGUGGUUCACCUGAUUCAGAUGAAAUUGCUGAGUCACCAAUUAGUCCUUAUGCCCCAAAUGGUGAAGAGUUUGCAUCUGAAACUGCAAAUUCAAGUGGAGCUUCAUUGUUUUGUCCUAGCCCAGAUGUUGAUACCAAAGCUCACAACUUUAUUCAGAAUUUCAGAGCUGGGUUGAGGAUGGCUAAGAUGAAUUCCAUGAAGGAGAAGCAUGGAAUUGGGAGGUCCAAUCUUGGUCCUUUACCAAACUCUUUAAACUGA